AGUGCUACCUGUCUAUAGAUUAUAUAGACCUUUCCACCAAAAGUCUCCUUCCCGUUUCCCAUCUUCCUCAUUUCUGACGUUUGGAAAGGAGAGAUCGACUCCCAUGGCGUCGUCUCUGUCGUCAAAACCCUUUCUCAAAGCCACGAGAACCGACGGAAUCUCUGGUCUGGGAUUCCAAACCUCAGAUCUCAGGAGAUUAUCCGUUCCGUCCGUACAGAUCUCGAUCCGACGCGCUCCUGCUCCCCGAAAGCUCGAGGUGCAGGCUGGUACUGGAAAUUCAUUUGGGACCUUGUUCCGUAUUACGACAUAUGGAGAAUCUCAUGGAGGAGGUGUCGGGUGUGUUAUUGAUGGAUGCCCUCCUCAGGUUCCCCUUGCAGAAGCUGAUAUGCAAGUAGAACUCGAUAGAAGGAGGCCAGGGCAGAGCCGAAUAACUACCCCAAGAAAAGAGACUGAUACAUGUCGGAUUCUUUCAGGCGUUUCUGAAGGAAUGACUACAGGAACCCCAAUCCAUGUCUUUGUACCAAAUACUGAUCAAAGAAGUCACGAUUACAGUGAAAUGUCCAUAGCAUAUAGGCCUUCUCAUGCCGAUGCCACGUAUGAUUUUAAAUAUGGUGUGAGAUCAGUACAGGGGGGUGGCAGAUCUUCAGCCAGAGAAACCAUUGGGAGAGUAAUACCUGGAGCUGUUGCAAAGAAGAUUCUCAAGAUGGUGUCAGGAACUGAGGUUUUGGCAUAUGUAUCUCAAGUGCAUAAAGUUGUACUUCCAGAGGGAGUGGUCGACAAUGAGGCCGUGACACUUGAACAGGUAGAAAGUAAUAUCGUCAGGUGUCCAAAUCCUGAAUAUGCUGAGAAGAUGAUUAAUGCCAUCGAUGCUGUUCGAGUGAGAGGGGACUCUGUUGGUGGUGUUGUGACUUGCAUUGUGAGGAAUGUCCCACGUGGGCUUGGUUCACCGGCCUUUGAUAAACUUGAAGCUGAGCUUGCCAAAGCUGUCAUGUCAUUGCCAGCAACCAAGGCAUUUGAAAUUGGUAGUGGAUUUGCAGGUACUUUUAUGACGGGAAGUGAGCAUAAUGAUGAGUUCUAUACUGAUGAGGAUGGAAAAAUCCGAACAAGAACAAAUCGUUCAGGUGGGAUACAGGGUGGAAUAUCAAAUGGUGAAAUGAUAACCAUGAGGAUAGCUUUCAAGCCUACUUCUACAAUUGCAAGGAAACAACAAACAGUGACCAGAGACCGACAUGAGACUGAACUCAUUGCACGAGGACGCCAUGAUCCUUGUGUGGUCCCUCGAGCUGUGCCGAUGGUGGAAGCCAUGGUUGCUUUGGUUAUUUUGGAUCAACUGAUGGUGCAGUAUGCACAAUGCCAGCUGCUACCCAUCAACCCUUGCCUCCAAGAACCUGUGGAGGCACCAAAGCUUGAGGCGGCCGUCCUUCCACUUUGAAAGGAAAAAGAAAGCAGUGGUAGAGGGAAGUGAUGUUGUUGUACCAUGAUUUCGAGGACCGAGUUGUCUAAUUUUGCUUAGUAUGCAGUGAGCACAAAUGAAAUAAGGCGGGGAAUGAAAUAAUAUGUUGUAGGGCAUAUUGCUAUAUUGUUUAGUUGUGUUUUUUUUGUUUCCUUAUUUUUUUAAUGCUUCAAAAUUGCAGUUGUAUCCCCAAUGCAUGCUAUGGGUGAGCAUGGACUUUUUUCUUCUCUUGUAAUGUUUAUCUACCCAUCAAUGUUUUAAAUAUCAACAAUACCAGUCGAUAUAUCUCAUGAUGUAUCUUGUA